CAGGAGCUUUAGGGCCUACCCGGAACCCCUACCGUCUGCGUCUGGCACAGUUACACUGAAAGCCAUGGCAGUCCCGACGUUGGUGGCGCGGGCCCGGCUCGGUGUGUGGGGCUUGAGGGCAAUGCAAGUCCGUAGCUUCGGCUCCGAAGAGUCAAGCAGUGUCCACUCCGGCGCGGGCUCGGUGAGGGACGCCGGUGGGGCCUUCGGAAAAAGAGAGCAGGCUGAAGAGGAACGAUACUUCCGAGCAAAGACUAGAGAACAACUGACAGCCUUGAAGAAACACCAUGAAAAUGAGAUCGUUCAUCAUAAAAGGGAGAUUGAACGUCUGCAGAAAGAAAUUGAGCGGCACAAGGAGACCAUCAAGAGACUAAAAUCCCAUGAUGAUGAUUAAGUGCACACAGUUCCCCGUAGAAUGGCAACAUAUUGCCCACUUCUAUGAAGACAUAAUUCUGGUAAUUUAUGUCUGUCUGUGCUGCCAACAGAUUAUAAUAAAUUGUCAUUAGUGAA